GUUCCCUCUUCCAUUUCUUAGCAAAAUAAUUAUGUGAUCCACAGGAAUAAGAUAGCACGCGAUCAGACUAGCUGGCACUAGCGUUCUGCACCGGCAAUAUCUUGGCAGCUUGCACGACUGUCCAGAAAACACAACACUCCAAGCACAGACACAAAGGAGUAAAUCAUGCUGAACAUUUGCUGACCGAAGACCAAUGGAUCUCUGAAUGAAGAGGGGUGACAGGGUAGUGACUACACAUGUUCCACGGACUAAAAUGGCUCUAUCUGCAUGUACGGAAGCCCAUUCCCAGUGUCCUAUAAUGGCGGGCCCAUCCAUCUAUGAUUUCACUGUUGAGACCCUUGAAGGUCAGACCAUUUCCCUCAGCGAGUUCAGAGGCAAGAUACUGCUCAUUGUCAACCUGGCCACCUUCUGAGGGUCUACAAUAGAGGAGUAUCACCGAAUGAAUGCACUCAUGGAAAUGUAUGGCGAUCUAAACUUCACUGUGCUGGGAUUCCCCUGUAAUCAGUUUGGUCUUCAAGCACCUGAGGGAAAUCAUGAAACCCUCAAUGUUCUGAGGUAUGUAAGGCCAGGUGGAGGAUUCGUCCCAAAGUUCCCCAUAUUUGCCAAGAUUGAAGUCAAUGGACAGCAUGCAGAUCCUCUCUUCAAUUAUCUCAAGGAGUCACUGCCUUACAUCAACCCAGUUAUUGGAGACAUAAAGAAAUUCUAUUGGUCUCCAAUAAAUGUCAACGACAUACGCUGGAACUUUGAGAAAUUCCUGGUCCAUGCUGAUGGCAUACCAUUCAGGAGAUAUGAACUACACACCCCAAUCACAGAGGUGGAGAAAGACAUAGCAGAGCUUCUGUAGGGUCCGGCCCUCACUGAAGAACGCUG